AUGACAUUAGUACUUCAGAAGAUUGUUUCGGGAGGACAAACCGGUGUUGAUCGCGCUGCUUUGGAUGUUGCAGCAGGCACCGCGAGAAGGAAUGGUGCAGGACGGAAACUGCAUUGGGGAGGCUGGUGCCCACCACUGGGAAGAGCCGAAGAUGGCACCAUUUCCUGCAGCUACAACCUCGUCGAAACCCCACAAGCUUGCAGUCUUCUGACUCCGAACGUCCCACGAUCUCAGAGGACAGAAUGGAAUGUACGAGAUAGCGAUGCCACCCUCAUCAUGUACCUAUCCAUUCCCAAUGAUCCUGGGACCCAGGCUACACACAGCUUUUGUGAGCACUACUGCCGACCCGUCCAUGAAGUUUUGUUAGAUGAGAAUGCUACGAAUUCUGCCGUUCAAUCGGUCCAUAAUUGGUUAUCCAGUUACAAUGUUGAGACGCUGAACAUUGCUGGUCCAAGUGAGAGCACCCAGCCCGGUGUAUAUGACGCCACAUACAACUUUCUUCAAUACUUCCUGCUGGAAUAG